AUGGCCCAAGGUUCCCUCAAGAAGAGCAAGAAGGCCACCGCCACCGCCCAGCGGGAAUCCAGAGCCAACGCCCGCACGAGGCCCGGUCCCCGGCAGAUUGCCCCCAAGAAGGCGGCUUUGGUUAGACAGGCCAAGUUGAACAAGAAACUUACCUCGGGCCUCGUUACAAUGACCGAGCGCAGUCUGGCGCAGAAGGCGGGCCACUUGGAGCUGCUGGCCGGAGGCAAGAAAGACAAGAACAAGCAGAAGAAAUAA